AUGCCUACCAGCUUCCAGGUCAAGAACAACGGACACGUCGCUGUCAUCAUCACCCACGGCACCAUUCCCAUACCCCCCGUGGUAGUUCCCCCCGGCGGAACUUCCCCACCAUUCAAUAGCGGCGGGAAAUACAGUAUCCGCUCAGAGCUUGAGCAUUUGCCGCUCCCAGAUCCAGAGAUUGUCAUCACGUUCGCGCCAGAGGAUCAAUUUGAAGCCAAGGCGAUCAACAGACCCUCUGUCAAUGUCGAAAUUAUCACCAAAUUUGAUUUUCCCAAGGAACUAUCACCCCAGUUCCAUUGGAUUAUAGGAUCAUGCGAGGAAGAGUCAAGACGGGAGGACAACCGACUUCAAAUUUUCAACGAUUCAACCAGAAUUUCUGGAAUCGACGACUCGGAUGCUAAAAAACGCAAACGAGUUUUGGGUUAG